AGGUCAAUCGAUGCCCGCUCUUUGGUUUUUGAAUUGUCGAUUGCAAAGCGAUAAAUAUAAUAAUUUAACCUUGUUGCAAGAUGUUUCACGGUUAACCUCUCCGGGUAUUCGAAUAUUAUUUAAUUUUCAUUUACGUAUACAUAACAAUCGUCUGUGCUUCGGAUAUGAAUGUGCCUAGAAAUGAAUACUUUGUUGACGAUUCAGAUCAACAUAAAUUUAAUGCAAUACCCAUUCAACCUGCGUGCUAAAUAACGUGAAUAUUGUUUAAAAAACAUGAGAUCUAUUGCCUUAGGCGCCGACAGUCCGGAAAAAAUCCACAUACAGUUGUGCCACUACAAGCAAAAGUCCAACUGGGACUGCGGCAUCUCGUGCGUUCUCAUGGUUUUGCCCCGGAAACACAGGGCGCAUUUAAUCAAAAACUUUUCUUACAUAUGCAAAAGUGAAGGCUUUAAUAGAAGUACGUGGACCAUUGAUUUGUGCUAUUUAUUAAAGCGCUAUCAAGUUGGACACGUAUUUUACACAAUAACCAUAGGUGUACAUGAGGGGUACCGAGGCAACAGCUUCUACCACCAUAUUUUAACGAAGGAUGAAGCUAGGGUCAAUACAAAAUUCCAACAAGCAAAAGACAACGAUAUCGCAGUGAGAAACUCGUCGGUGUCGAUUCUUCACAUAUUGGAACAUUUAAUUAAUGGCCCGGUCAUAGUUUUGACCAAUGCGAAACUUUUAUACUGUGAUAUUUGCAAACUCAAUAAAAUCUCAAAUGAACUCAGGAAGUGCUUGCCGUGGCCCGCUCCUUAUCAGGGCCACUACGUCGUUAUCUGCGGUUACGACGUCACCACGGGAAAGGUAUUCUAUAGGAAUCCCUCUUUCGGAGACCAUGUCUGCUCAAUGUCAAUUAGGAACUUGGAACAAGCGCGCAAAAGUUACGGCACGGAUGAAGAUAUAAUUUUCGUGUAUAAAUGACAUUUUAUAAAGCACUUAGAUAAUUUGUAUACUUAAAGUUAUUAAAGUUAGUUUUUUUAUUUGAAAAUACUGACCGGCUUACCCUGAAAAUAAUAAGUCCUUUCCGUUUCUAACCAUUUAAUCACAUAAUCCUUGAGAGCUGCCACAAAAAAUUAGUUUCUGGUCUGUGACUUGCGCUGAGUCACAAGUGUCUUACCUCGGGGUCAACCUGAUUUUCUUAGGUCGUGAUUGCUAAUAUAUCUAUAGUGUGCCCUACAUAAAUAUUACAUAACAAUGAGCUGUAUCAUAACAUUCUCUCGAAUUUAACAUUGACAAUUAAUGUUUACGCCUAGAAUUAAUAUAAUUUGGAAUAUGAUGGUUGCAUUUUAGGUUUUAGACCGUGCACAAUUUUUUAUAAAGAAUAUAUUACUUUUGCGUAUGCCUCGGCUAGGAAGCGUUUUGGAUUUUACCAUUCCAGGGAACUUUCGAAAAAAAAAUCAGUGAGUUAUAUUAUUGUUAUUAUUUUCUUUAAAGAUAUCUCCAGAUAGUCAAUUACAAACAAUUAUAUAACCACGACCCAGCAAACAAAAUGUAUAUUUAACAAUAUACGAAUAUUGCCCAAGUUAUCGAUUAAAACGAUUUUGUCAGUGUCUUCCGGGCCUUAGAGGCUCCUAAGGUGCGGAGACAACAAACGCAAUAAAUAAAUUCACAUUAAAACUAAUAUUAGCACAAUUAUUACAUGAAGCUUUAUCACCAAUUGGAUCAUUAUAAAAUAUGGCGGCAAACGGAGUUUGCUAAAAAAAAACUGUAUCCGUGAAGAACUCAGGAAGACCUGUG